AUGGAUUUUAAGACAUGGAUCGAACAAAAGGCAACUAAAACAUUUAUUAUAAUCAUUGUAAUACAAAUGACCUAUUUGGCUAGUGUAUUCAUAGCAGAUGUUAUUGUGAGUAUAUAACAACAAACUAAUUUAGAUCUAAAUGACUAAGGCAAUGAUAAUAAUAGUACUUAAGAUGAGUGUGAUUGGAGUUUAGAUGAUUAUUAUAAAUGGGCAGUGCUAUUUUUAUUUCAAAUUGGGGAUUGCUACUAUGUAUUUAAUGCUGUAAUCAAUAAGUUUAUUUUAAGAUUUACAAAUCAAAUGUUUUGGAAUUAUUUGCAUACAUCAUUAUUUAAUUUAUAACAUUUUUGUGCACUUUUGCAAGGUUUUUUAAACCUACUUCAUAUUUCAAGAACUCUAAUACAAACGAAGGAGAUAAAGUAUUAGCAGCGUUUGAUUACAUUUAUUUAUUUUAUUCAUUUUGUGUCUUCGUUUUAAGCGUUGUCUGUUAUAAACCAUUUUAUGAUGUGUUUGUUUACAGAAAUAUUAUGAAAGUUGGGGCAUCUCCUAAAAUAUAAGGUAUAAUUUAUUAUGAGACUUUAGAUAUGUUUAGAAAUUACUCAAAUUUCAGUACAUUUAUGCAAUUAUAUCUUUUGAUAUCCUUUAGUACAUUUUUAACAUUCUUCUUCUUUUUUGAUAGUGUAUAUUGGUACCUAUAUUUAAUCGAUUCUUUCGUAAUUCUAUUUUAGAUAGCAAGCAUUUUUGUUGGAUAUUGGGCUGUAAGUAUUAUUUAGAUUAUUCUAGUUAAAGGAAGAAAACACCAAAAAGUUUUGGAUUUAUAUUACUAUGAUAUUGUUGGUCCAACUUUAUAUACUUACAAAGACUGCUUAUUAUAUGAUAUACUAUUAUAACUAAAAAAACUCUAAUGACUUAAUUGAUGAUUGUACCUUGUAAGAUACUCCCUAUGGAGAUAACUAUACUGUAAUAAUAGUUAUUGGAACAACAAUUGCAUGUUUAAUAAUUAUGCUGUUUGAUGGCUUUUAUGCAUAUUAAUGUAAAAAGGGAUUUGGAAAUGGAUUGAAAGAAGCAUUGAAGAGUUAAAUAUCAGAAACAGGAUAGGAACUUGGAGAAAGUAGUUUUAGCACUUAAAAAUGA